AUGCAGGAAGCGGUCUACAAACGAAAACUUCCUCCUAUCCCUCCUUCACCUCGGGAACAACCUCAAAAAAAGUUUGUGCUCGAUGGCUCUCUCUCGUGGGAAGAGGAAUUCUUCGCCGAUUGCCAGAGCAUCUCCGACAGAACUUGGACGGCCGAUGUUGACACAGAGCCUCUGCAGUUCGAUGAUAGCUCGUUGGAAAUGGUUCGCCCUUUGAAUUACCCCCCGCCAGGAGCGCCCGCGCAAGUAUGGCUUGCAAGAAGAGAAAACAGGCUCUAUGCUGUAAAACUGUUUAGGCCAUACACAGAUGAGGAGGCAAGAGGACAAGCAUUACGCCUCCGGAAACGAAAGCCGAGCCUGCAGAAAGUACGACACGAUGUCAGCCCCUUUGCCCUAGAAACAAGGGCAUAUGAAAGGAUCCGAAAAUUCCUCCCUGCACAUCAGCAAUCUUUCUUCCGGCGAUAUCAUGGAACCUUUGAAGUCUCUCCCUCCCGUCUCGAUCGGAGGUUUUCCGGGACUUCCUUUCGCCACGGCAUUGUGUUUGACGUUCUUACGACCAAACUUAGAGGUCGGCAUCUGUAUUCAGGACGUGACGUCGGUGACUUUGCACCGCACGUUGAAGCAUUACAGGCUGAUCUUGCGAAACUGGACUUAUCUCCGCUUGAGGAGAGGUGGUAUUUGAGUGUACUGAAUGAGCGCCUGACAAAGGUUACGGCUGCUCAUACACUUGGGAUCCUUCAUGGCGACAUCAAAUUUGAUUGUUUUGGCCUGCCACAAUCGCCACAUGACAUCGUCCUACACGACUUUAGUCGAGCGUAUACCUUCACGCGGGAGCGACCCUGCGCGAUGACCGGUAUGGUCCGGUUGCGAUCGCUCAAACAUGCAGCAGACGUCGAACGUGACCACAUUCGAAUCUGUGUUCUUGACAUGGCAAAGUCUGCUCAUUUAUUCGAUCAUUUCAAACAACUGCUAGGGAUGACGGAGGGGGACGCCCGCAAAGUACUAUCUUCUAGUAUUCCUCGCAGUCUAUUAGCGACCGAGCUUGCACUGAUCAUUCUGUCUGUGAGGAUGAUAGACGACGGUUUGUUCUCGCUCAAAGUUGUUCUUUAG